AUGGGGGAGAAAAAGAAUAUUUUAAUUGAGAAGGAAUUGUUACAGGAAUUUUGUAAUGAAAUUAAUAAUAAUCCAAAUUAUAAAGAAAAUUUAACAAAAUUUAAAAACCAUUUAAUCAAUGAAAGAAAAUAUUAUGGAAUUAAAUUAACCUCAAAUCAACAAAUAAACAAUAAAUUUCCUCCAACAAAAUCUUCACCUUUAAUAGAAGCUGGAAAAUCUUUAAAAGAAAUAGAGGAUUCAAAAAAUACCACCAAUUUAAAUCAGACAAAAGAAACCAAUGAAAAACAAAUAAUGAAAGUACCAGUCCCUCGUCCAAGAUCGUUUAAAAGCUCUUUUCCAACCCUUUCAUAUUUAUUAACUCCAACAGUUACUCCAACAACGCCAAAAAAUUGA